AGACUCGGUGGUGGACGUUUGCUGACACGGGGUGUUUUGUUCUUCAUUUGACCUGACCAUAAAGGCUAGCUAGUCAGUGUCAUAGGACAGUGUGGUGUGCUGACCAACGCAUCUGGCACAUAAACAACUGCUUGGAGACAUUCUUGAUCGAGCUUUGGGUUUUGAUUUUGGAAAAUAUUGUCUUGUGCAAUAUGUGGAAGUUGUUUGUUAUUCUCAGUGUAGUGGUGUUCCUAGGGGUGAUGAUGGAGACUGAUGCAAAGAACACAAAAAGAAGGAUGCUCCAGAAACCGGAAUCUGGUGAUGCAGCAGCACUUCAGUCACUAAAGAAGAACAUCUCCAGUCUGUGGACAGAAAUGCACAAGAAACUGGAAUCACGUGUAAUGGUCCACGUGCACGGAAUGGGGGAUGACCAUGCAGAAACGCAUGCAGGUCAGGAUGGGACGCACGUGCAUAUACAUCUGCAUAUGGACGACCAUCAUGGUGGUCAUGACGACCAUUACGAGGACGACUGUGACGAGGAGUAUCACCAUGGUAGCCACGAAAGUCAUGAAGAAAGCGACGAAAGUCAUGCUCAUAACGACAGCCACGAAGGUCAUGAUCACCAUGGUAGCCACGAAGGUCAUGAAGGUCAUGGUCAUCAUGGUAGCCACGAAGGUCAUGGUCAUCGUGACCAUCACAGGGGAUGUCGGGGAAGAAAACGAAACGCCUAUAUAUAUGGUCGAUGUAACAUGGCUAUGGGCAAUGAACCUUCUAAAUCCGGGCCACGCAACAAUAUUACUGGCGCAGUCUACUUAAGGCAAAAGGUUCGCGGGCCACUGGAGAUACUGCUUGAACUGCGGGGAUUCUACGUACCAAGCGGCCAUUCUGACCAUUCUGUUCAUAUGCAUGGAUUCCACGUGCAUGAAUUUGGCGACUUUAGCGCCGGCUGUACGUCAUCCGGCGGCCACUACAACCCCGACGGUGGCGAUCACGGGGGUCACGAUUCAGAAAAAAGACAUGCCGGUGAUUGGGGAAACAUUUCUUGUAAUGACGCAGGGGAGGUACACAUGAACAUGACAGAUAAGUACUGCGACCUCUACGGACCCCACUCCAUCAUCGGCAGAGGCCUUGUGAUCCAUGAGACCGCAGACCACCUUGGGCGAGCACCAAUGGGCACCAAAAAGAAGGGCGGACAGACUGGAUAUGGAAACGCAUGCUGUACAAUCGCGAGGACUGGCACGCUGGACUGGGAAAUGCUGCUUAAACAUAAGCACUAGGAGUAGAAGACCAAGGUCCACGUUUGACAGGCCUUGGACCUAGAAUAACAUCCCUGAAGACAUAUUUGCAGCGUCAGUAGUCGUGUGUCGAUGCUAAUGGUAGAUGUGCCAGACGGUCAUUUU